AUGGAAAAAUGUGGGAUCCACAAAUACCGUAUUAUGGAUAUUUUGUGCUUUCAAUACGUUGGAUUUGAUAAGGUUGGAUGCAUAAAGAGGGACAUUUAUAAUUUCUGCCAUGCUAAUAAGCAGGAGACAAUCAGUGCCGGUGAUGCUAAUACGGUGAUCAUGCACAUGAUGGCGAGGCAAGAGCGAGAUGUGGAUUUUUUCUUCAAGUACUUGGUAGACGAGCAUGGCCAUCUGAAGGGACUGUUCUGGGCUGAUAGUCAAUCGCGACUUGACUACGAGGCUUUCGGAGACGUCAUUGUUUUUUAUAGCACAUACAGAACCAACAAAUACAAUCUGCCAUUCGUGCCGUUUGUGGGGUUGAAUCACCACCGCAGCACUGUUAUUUUUGGUUGUGGUAUAAUUUCUCAUGAAACAAGCCAGGCAUACGAGUGGAUGUUGCGGACCUUUUCUGAUUGCAUGGCGCAGAAGCAUCCGAUAUCUGUGAUCACAGAUGGGGACCUUGCAAUGCAGAGAGCAAUCAGGGUGGUCUGGCCAGACUCAAACCAUAGACUAUGUAUAUGGCACAUUCAGCAGAACAUUGUACGCCAUCUGCAUGAUGACGACGUAAAGGAGGAAUUCAGAUCUUUCAUUUAUGAUACUUCUUUCAUUGAAGAGAGCAUGAGAUAA